UUUCUCUAGUUCCAUGUCACAUUUUGUCAUCGUAAGUUUCGCACUCUCGCCAAAUUCUCUCUCCCCCACCCUGAAAAUCUCCACUACCGCUUCCACUGUUCAACGCUUCUUCUUAUCUCACUUUCCCACAAGUUUUCCAUCACUUUCUCGGGAAAAUUCUAGCUCAAGAUUCUGACUUCAACAUAUACUUGCAGAGAUAUGUAUAAGAACCAACUACAAGAGUUGGCCCAAAGAAGCUGUUUCAACCUGCCAUCCUAUUCGUGUAUAAGGGAAGGGCCAGAUCAUGCCCCUCGAUUCAAAUCUACUGUCAACUUCAAUGGAGAGACUUUUGAAAGCCCUACUUUUUACUCCACUCUGAGGUUAGCAGAACAUGCUGCAGCUGAGGUAGCUCUGAACACCCUAGCAAGCAGAGGCCCUUCUAAAGCAUUAAUUGCUGGAGUUCUGGAUGAAACAGGAGUCUACAAGAAUUUGCUCCAGGAGACUGCUCACAGAGCUGGGUUAAAGCUUCCUGUGUACACCACAAUUCGAUCAGGACCUGGCCAUGUUCCUGUGUUCUCGUGCAAUGUUGAGCUUGCAGGAAUGAGCUUUACUGGAGAAUCAGCAAGAACAAAGAAACAAGCGCAGAAGAAUGCAGCCAUGGCUGCUUGGUCUGCUCUGAAAAGAUUGGUUCAGCACAGCACAUCAUCUUCCAAUUCAUCGACUUCUCCUCCAGUGGAGGCUAAAAGGAUUAGUGAAGAACAAGAACAAGUUGUUAUUGCUCGUGUUCUUGCAUCUCUGCAACCAGCUGAGUUAAAGAACUCCAAGCAAAAUGAUUCCCAGCGAGGCCAGGAGAGAUUCUUUCCUGUCUGCAAUGACUUAACCCCUCCACUACCAACUUUAUAUCCUGUGCAGUGCCAUAGCUGGGCUUACCCUAGCUUUUCCCCGGAAAUGGCCAUAUACCAAAUGUGGCAGCAAGAAGAAUUGUUUCAGCUGCAAAACCGUUUAUUGGCACUUCAAAUUCCAUCGGUUUCUCCUGGCCCUCAAAUUCUUCCAUAUAUGCAGUCCAUACUCCCCUCUGAUUCAGUUCUAUUUGGUCCUCUGAGGGAGCAAGAACCUGUACCUGUAGGACCCAGAAUUACAAUCGCCACUUCAAGACCAUUGUACUUGGCUGAUCAUGUUGUCCCUGAUCCAAUCAAGGGAGAGUCCACGGUGACCAUUAGUGAGAUACAUGAGGAGAAACCAGAAGAAUCACUCCAGUGCUCUACAUCAGUUAUUCCAGAUCCCCCUGUUGGUGGCAACUUCAAUGCUGAACCAAGAUCCAAGGACCCAGUUGAUAUGGAUGACAAACAGAUGAAGGUUGAACCGGAAAGAAAAGUUGAAAAUGUUCAACCAGGAGAUAACCAAACUAGAAAAUUUGAAUGGGCUUCCAGCAGCAAUACAGAUUCUGGAUAUAGACCUGCGGACUUCCAAGCACAAAACAAGCACAGUUUUCACUCUUCCCAGGGUACUCUGCAGUAUUCUCCAAGAGCAAGCACGUUCAGGAGUUGUAGACCAGCUCCAUCUGCAGCACCUCCUGUAAUGAUCAGAUCUGUGAGGCCUUUACCUUCAUCCACUGCACCUUCUGCACUUAACAACAAUAUGGGACCUCCUUCAGUGCCCAAACUGCAAGAUUUGGCAGCACAAAAUCCUGCUCCACCGAGAAUGCGAACUGGAGGAUCUCAUUCAUAUCUGGCCAGGCCCUUGCCUCAAAGAAUGAACCUUGGUGGUGUGCACCCGCGUUUCAUGGCACCAGCUGUUCGAAUAAGAUCAGUUGUUCCUGUCUGUUCAGCUCCUCCAGCAAGGAGAAUGCCAACUUCAGGUCAAGUGGUACCUGAUAGAGAGAGCAAAGCUACAGCAGUACCAGAAGACGUGAAAACAGCAAGUUCAGAGCUCGGUAAGCUUAAAAAAUGAGCGGGUUAUAGAUACCAAACAGCUCAUCAUUUUGCUUUUAGAUUUUACUAGCUGCAUGGCCCACUCGUUGCUGCGGGAUAGCUGGAGAAAAACAACAGGAGGAGGGAUAUUAAUGGUAUCUGAUGAAGCUCUUUGACGGUUUUCUGUUUUCAUCACUAAGGUGGCCAAGAUCCAUAGGAGCACCUGUAUUCUAUCUAUUUAUUGACUGUGUUAGAAAGCAAUGUUUGUAAAUUGCUAUUUUGUCAGGAUUGUUUUUCGAAGCCUUUAUAUAAGAAAUGAAGAUGUUUUAUGAAA